AUGGCCGUCGUGAAAAAGGAAGUACAAAAGAGUUCCUCACCGGAAGUAGGGGAAUUCGUCUUAGCAGAAGAAAAUAUUGUUUACAUAUAUUGCUCACUCUUUUGCUAGUAAUAUUGAAUGAACUCCUAAGAUCCGUCUCGGUCACAUUGCAGUCAUAUUAUGACGUACGUCAACACAUAGACAUGACGUCACACUUCUUCUUACCCUGCCUUUUAUCAACAUUGCACGGUGCACUGUACUUUGGAGCUAGGAGACCACAAGAUUGGGAUGAUAAUCCAUGAUAUUCAAUUCCAUGAACAACAGCAGAAUUUUUUGUUGUAACUGGUUGAAGACAUAAAGAUGCCACAAAAUGAUCUGGUCAUCCUUCACUUCAAUGAUGUGUACAAUCUGGAGCCUCAGAAGGAAGAGCCUGUGGGCGGAGCUGCAAGAUUUGUCAGCUGUGUCAAGUCUUACCAGUCACUGAACCCCCUGGUGCUGUUUAGUGGGGAUGUGCUCAACCCCUCUCUGUUGAGUUUGUUCUUGAAGGGUGAGCAGAUGAUACCUGUCCUGAACGCAGUAGAUAUUCGAGCUGCAGUAUAUGGCAACCAUGAAUUUGAUUUUGGAGUUGAUCAUUUGUGUGAAAUGACACAGAAAACAAAGUUUCCUUGGUUACUUAGCAAUGUUAUUGACAAUUUGACCAAUAAACCCUUAGCAGAUGGACAAGAGUCCUGUAUUAUUGAAUGGAAUAACUACAAGAUAGGUUUAGUGGGUCUAGUGGAAGAGGAAUGGAUGGAAACUUUGGCUACACUGGAUCCAGAAGAUAUCACCUAUGUGGACUUUGUCUCCAAAGGGAAACAACUGUGCAAAGACUUAAAACAAAAGGGAGUGGAUUUAAUCAUUGCUUUGACUCACAUGAGAUGGCCAAAUGACCGUCUACUUGCUGAACGAGUACAAGAUAUCGACAUCAUCCUUGCUGGCCAUGACCAUGACUAUGGUCUUGAGAUAGUUAAUAAUACCAAUAUUGUUAAAAGUGGGACUGAUUUCCGUAACCUGAGUAAGAUAACACUGAAAAAGAACGGACUGCAGCUUCAUGUGGAUAUUGAGAAGGUGGAUAUCACAUCCGAUAUAGCGGAGGAUCCAGAAACUUUGGAGGUUGUCAAACAUAUGCAAGGUGACAUAAACAGUAAAAUGGAAGAGGUUUUGGGCUAUAUGAGCGUGGAGCUUGAUGGCAGGUUCUCAGCAGUUAGGUCCCAGGAAACUAAUUUAGGGAACUUUGUAACAGACAUCAUGCUAGAGAUAUCCAAGGCUGACUGUGCCAUACUGAAUUCUGGAACAUUCCGCUCCGACAGGAUCCACCCAAAGGGCUGCUUCAAACUCCGUGAUUUACUCACCAUUCUUCCUCUGGUGGAUGAGCUGGUGGUAAUCCAAGUCACUGGCAAACAAUUAUUAGAAGCUUUAGAAAAUGGUGUGUCAGCUUACCCUCAAUUGGAGGGUAGAUUCCCUCAGGUGGCAGGCGUGGAGUUUGGGUUUAAUCCCAGCAAGCCUAAAGGACAACGAAUAGACCCAGAGUCAGUCAAAGUACAAGAUUUCCCCGUUGAUUUGAUGAAAAAAUACACAGUUUGCACUAAGGAGUAUAUAUCUGGAGGCAAGGAUGGAUAUGAUGUGUUCAAGGAUUGUCCUAUAGUGGUGACAGCUGAGCAGUGCUGUUCUCUCAGUACAGGAGUAAGGAACCAUUUUGAAUCCAUUCAGAUCCUGAAAGGUGUGAAGCAAUGCAAAUCUGGUCACAGACAAAGUCUGGUGGGGCUGGUCAGACAACAGACGCUAAAUUAAAAGUAUGUGUUUCAGUGUGUAUUAACUGAAAUUUUUAGUCAGACAAUCAUGUGUGUUGUAACCUAGCUAUGUUUGUUAUGGAGUGUGUAUGUAUUCAUGGAAAGAAACUUAUAUAAUUAUACAUAUGGUAUACAAGGGAAAAUGAAUUGAAUUCAUAUACACUAUCUGUAUUUUUUUGCCUGUUCUCAAUGAAUAUUAUUUAACCUAUUUGUAAAUUGUUCGAUUUUGAUUUUUAAAAAAUGGCCCCAUCUUAUGUAGCUAGGUCUUAGGGAACAGAAGGAAGGAAGGCGUUUGGUAUUUUACAAGUCUGAUAUUAUGAUAGACAGUUUUUGCACUAUUUGAGUGGAUUGGAUUUUCAGCAUUAUUUGAGGUGAUAUAAUAAUAUUGUCCAGGUUUCCGAUGUUUCUACACUUUUCACUUGUCCCUUAUUUCUGAUACUUUAUGUGUUGUUAGGCCGUCACUUUUUGCUGUCUUAAUUUUCAAUUUAUUUAAUCCUAUUUCUGUUUUUAUAAGACAUUUACUUUAUUUGAAAAUUUAAGAUUUUCAGUUCAUUUAUUUCAAAACAAAAUGUGAUAGGAGGGGGCUUAUGAAUUUUAAUUAUGCAUGAGUUGUUAUAUUAAAAUAAAAAGCAGUAAGCACAAAAUGUUUGACAUGUAUGGUUUAUGAAUGUAUAUGUACAUUAAUGUCUAGUUGCAUGUACAUCAUCAGAGCUUAAGGCUAAAUUGAGUUUUUCUGAUCAAACUUCAUUGUCUGUCAUCAUUGUUGUUGUCAACAUCAGAAAAUUUUUGAUACAUGUUUCUCUUUCAUAAGAACCAUGUUGAUACAAUUUGUCAAACUGAUAUGCAUCCUUGUGUAAGAUAAUAUUUGUGAAUUCUUUGGUUUGUUCAUACCUUAACAUGACCCCUUUUGCAACAUUUGAUGGGGUGGAGUGGGGUGGGGGUGGGAUGAAGUUUUACAUGGGAAAAUGAGACUAUCAGUGAGUGAUGUGACAUAUGGCUCUCUCGUAUAUUUUUAUGUUGCAAGUUUUUUGCAUGAUUUUGCAGCUUGAGAUCCUGUUUUUGUUACUGAUAUACAUUUCUCCUACUGGUGAAAUUAGAGGAAACUUUCUGUCCCCUCCAUCUGUUCGUCUGUCUCUGUGUUAAUCUACCCCACUUUGUGUUUUGCACUCUUUUGUUAUGCUUCAUGAUUUGAAUAUUUUGAUAUGUGUUGCAUUUUGCUGAACAGCUAUAUAACCAACAUUUACAAGAAUCAAACUCUUAUAAAGAAAAUUCAUUUUCGGCACUUUUCCCCAUCAUGACUUGAAAUACUGACAUAAAACUUGUUUGUCUCAGUGGACCCACUUUAUUGCAGUUCAGGCCUUAAAUUUUCAAGUUGAUUUAGUAAUUGGUUACUUGUAUUGCUUAGCAAUCCAUACUCUCAAAAUGUUUAUGUAAGCAUCAAUGUUCCCUAUGUGUUUUGUUUCUGCAUGCAUUAUGUACUAACAAGUGGUUUUGUUUUUGUUUGGACCACUAACCGGAAAACAGGAAGAGAAGACUCGUGCAGACCUUUAUUUCUAACCUUAGAAAAAAGAGCAUGGCCCGCAAACUGGAUGAAGCAGCUAGUAUGAACAAACUUGAGCGGCGUCUUAGUCAUCAACAGAGUGUUCAGAUUCAAGAGGUGGAACAGUGCCACCUAGCGCCUACCCUUGAGGGGCGGAUAUUUCAACUGGAUGAUCAGGUGAAGCCCGCAUGUGAGAGAAUUUCACAUACUGAAGGGGAUUUUAAGGGAUUAUGGAAUAAAAUGGGAUUCAUUUUUGGAUUCUCACUUGUUUCAUUAGGUCUUGUAUGGUUUAUAAAAAAGAAAUUAAAUAAAUAGCAAUAUUGAACAAAGAAUGUUUGGUAAAAAUAUACUGUAUGUAUGUAGACUAGGUUGUAACAAUUUUUUACAAUUACAUUUUCACUUUUAUCAUUAGGUCUUGUAUUGUUUAUAUAAAAAGAAAAUAUAUGUAUAGCAAUAUUGAAUAAAUAAUAUUUGAUAAAAAUAGAUCGUUUGUAUAUAGACUAGGUUGUAACAAUUUUUUACAAAUACAUUUUCACUUUUAUCAUUAGGUCUGGUAUUGUUUAUAAAAAGAGAGAUUAGAUGAAUAGCAAUAUUGAAUAAAUAAUAUUUGGUAAAAAUAUAUCGUUUGUAUAUAGACUAGGUUGUAACAAUUUUUUACAAAUACAUUUUCGCUUUUAUCAUUAGGUCUUGUAUAGUUUAUAUAAAAAGAAUUAGAUAAAUAGAAAUAUUGAACAAAUGAAAUUUUGGAAAAAUAUAUUGUAUGUAUGUACACUAGGUUGUAACAAUUUUUUUUACAAAAAAUACCAAAUACAGCUGUAUGUUCAGAUAUUUUGCUUUCAAAGUGUAUAUUGCAGGUCAAGUAUGUUAUAGAAAUAUUAGGUGAGUUGAGUGUACCUUUAUAUGUGUGAUGGUUAAUGGAGCACAGCUUUAAAACAAGUAAAUGUAGCAUGUCUCACAGUGGUAUAAUAUAGUAGUAUAGUAAUUAACUCCUAAUUUCUUGAUGUCGUCGUUUUAAUCUAACACCAUUACACAAAUUUAAAUGCUGGUACUCAAUUGAUAUUAACUGCACAGAACUUUAAUUUGAACUCAGUCAAUCUUAUAGAAAAUUAGCACCAACCUUGAACUAUUGGUAAAAAAAAAACUUUCAUGAAAUUGUCAGGAUGCUUGAAAAGGGGCAUAAGAUUUAAGUGUAAAAGGAUCGAAUUUCAUAUCGAUAUAAUUAAUUUUAUAUUGAUAUAAUAAAUCUCACCUGGCUAACUAACAAGCACUCUAAUCCAGCUUUCUUUGUGAUGCUUCAUAGAUGGUAGAUACAAAGAAUAUAUGUUAUCUAUAUGAUUCAGGAUCACACUUGUUUCUUGUUUUAUUUUAUAAGUGACUGAUUUUCAUUUGAAUUGACAAAGGAGAAUAUAACUAUACCUUGUACAAUACUUGUAUGUGUAUUUUGAAAACAAGACUUAAUGAGUGUAUUAGUAAAAGCAAGAUAUGCAAAUAUUCUGGGAUGUUACAAAUAUGAUGGUCUAGGGAUGUUACAAAUAUGAUGGUCUUUAAAGAUUUAUCACCCCUUAAAAAUUAAAAAUUGCAUAUUGGUAUUACUGUGAAUUAUGCAUGUUUUUAAAAAGGUACAGACUACAGGUUUUUAACUUUUAGUAGAAAAAAAUUUAAAUGCUGAUAUUAACAUUAAUGUUUCCAUUAAUCCUUUCCUUUUUAAUCAGCUGAAGAAAAUUCAGCAUGACAGGCAAAAGUCAUGUCCUUUUUCAAUACAAUAUUUACAUCCUAAAUGAAUUUGAAACUCUCACAAUCUUGCUUUCCACAAGUCAAGAUUAUGGUAGACAUAAUUUAUUUAUGGGCACUAUUUCUUACUGAUAACAAAAUACCAUGUACUAUGGUUGUGUGGUAAUUUGCUUGAGGUUAAACUAUACUUUGACUGACUAUAGAUGCAAAUUAAUGCAGCUUGCCUUAUUUUGGAUAUGUGGGUGCUUACUUCAAGCAAAAUUCCUGAUUCAUUUGAAUUGUCAUUUUUAGCUCACUUUAGAUAAAAAUUUAGCGUUUUCCUGAUCAAAGUGGCCAUUUUCUGUAAACUUUUCAACUUCUUCUCAGGGACAAGACUUGCCAUAAAACACCUUUGAAUAAAAGGAAUUCAAGUUUGUUCAAGUGAAGGGCCAUACCCCACUAGUAUAUUCUCAAGAGCCACGUGGCUACAAUUGUAGUGCAGAUUCAAAUUUCUUCAAAUAAUGAUUCAUGUGGCCAGGAUGGAUUGAAUAUCAUGAUGUGCCAAAUUAACAUAAACUCAAAUAAUUGAAGAUAUCAUUAUUUGAAGAUAUCAUUAAAUCAAAUAUUGCAUGCAAUAAUUCAGUUGAUGCUCGCAUCAAAUCAUUUAUUACUCACAUCAAUUCAAUUGAUGGGCACAUCAGUUCAAUAUUGAAUUGUUGCACACAUCAAUAUGGUGGAAUUAUUGCUCACAAAGAUUAAAUUAGAGCCCUAUAUAAAUGAUUUGAUGAUCUGGACCUGGUUGUAUCAACAACACAUUAAAUUUAAUAUCACAUUAAAUAUUGAUACAACUGGGGCCUGUUUAAUUCGAAUGAAGGUAUCUUUAAUCAUUUUACAAUGCUUUUGUAAACAGAACUGAUGUGCCCAUCAAUUCUUUUAAAGAGAGCAACAAUUCAAUUAAAGAUAUCAUUAAUUCAGUUGUGGAUAAGUUGAACUGAAGAUAUCUCUAAUUAAAUGAUCUCUCUUUAAAAAAAAUAUUGCACUCAUCAGUUGAAUUAAUGAAAUCAUUAGUUUAAUUGAAGACAGCAAUUAUUGUGCACAUUAAUUGAAUUGAUGUGGGCAUCAAUACGCCGGUUUCGAGAUACGUCCGAGUUAUUUCCCUUUGGAGAACUCUCGUACAUAGUAAGGUGCGAAAGAAUUUGUUUACACGCGGGAGUGGGACAGAUAUUCAUCACAGCGUAAGUGAAUGUACUUAGUAAGUUUCUCAUACGCUGUUUGGUCACCCGAAUUCGACUGAUACACAAACUAAGUAAGUGAUAAGUAUUUAGGGAGUAAUUAAAUACAUAGAAUUCUUAUCCUAUCACUUUAUUUCGCUGGUCAUAAGUACCAUGUCCAAGAUAUGUCUUGCAAAUAGGACAUUGUUUGUAUUUUUCCACUUCGGUAAAACAUUUCUUUCGAUAGUAUUUAGUAUUUCCGACAUUUACAUAUUUAAAGAGAAGCCGCUUUUAAUACAUUUCAUCGUCUUCCUCGUUGGCUGUAUAUCCACUCUGUCCCACUUAGGCAUUCAAAGUUCCACUAAAUGCACCUCCUAUACAGAAGAGUUCGUAUCUCGAAACUGGCGUAUUGAAUUAUUGCUCUCUUCAGCACACAUCAAUUCAAUAUACAUGUAAGUUGAUAUAAGCCAAUUGUUGACAUAAUUGAUUCGUUUGAAGAGAGCAACAAUUCAGUUAUUAUACACAAUUCAGCAGAAUGAUAUCAAUGUUAUCAACAAUUCAGUUAUUGCACACAAUUCAGCAGAAUGAUAUCAAUGCUAUCAACAGUUCAGUUAAUGCACACAAUGGUUCAGAAUUGAAGAUAUCAUUAAUUAUUUGAAAAGAUCUUUAAAUGAUUUGUUGUGUUCACAAAUGAAUUGAUGAUAUCUUCAGUUAUUUGGAUUUAAGUUAAUUUGGCACUCCUUAGAAUACACAUCUUGAAAUAUCUUCUCAAGAAUAUCAAGGUACACUUUGUCAAUUUAACAAUUAGGCUACAAUUUGACUAAAUACUAUUUACAUUGUUUAAUAUAUACUGUAGAUUAAAUUUUGUUUCAAACCAUGCCCCCUCCACUCUACAAAGUUAUCAAGACAAUACAAUUUGGCAAAAUAUACUGAUGUAGUUCUAGGUACAUGAAGUACAAGUGUGUAGUUUUAAUGAAUAAUGACCCCUGGACUAGAAUAGGCCUACAGUAGAGAGAAUCCAAAGAUCAUCAGUAGAAAUCUUUUAGAGUCUUCCCAAUAGCUCUACAGUUUGUCAAAAUGAUAUUCAAGUAUUCUAAGACAUGUAGUACAAUGUAUAUGAAGUUGACCAUUGCAUGUCUUGGCUUCAUGUUGGACCACUAUUAGUGUACCAAACUUGUUGGUAUGGGUCAUCUCUGAUGAGCAAAGGGACUCAGAUGAGCACUGUGACCUAUAGACUUCUCAUUUGAAAAUCCAUACUUAACAUUUGUUAUGUAUUUAAAUAAACAAGUGUCUAAAGGCUAUAAGAUAUUUUGUGGUAGAAAGAUGGAAGUCAGCAUCACAAGAAGUUAUAAAUGACUAUGUUUAGAAUUUCAACAAAGUGACUGUAUAGUUUGCAGUUAGCUGCAGCUCGGGGAGGGGGGCAUACAAGAGGGUGGAUCUAUAGCUCUCUGGUAUGUCCCAAGUUUGGUUUUUUAUAGAGACCUACAGUUAUGCCGCUAGUACUAGACUAAGUAUAUAAUUCAUGCUUACUUCAAAGUCACAAUGAGAAGAGACUGUAGGUGUCAAGAUAUAUCUAUCAGUAUAAAAUGUGGAGUCUAAAUAAAAUGUUUGGAGACUUGAUUUGAUAUUCAGAUGGACUAACAGUAACAUACCCCUGGGUAGUACAUAUGUAUUGUCAAUGACAUUCAAUAACCAUCAGAUGUAUGUUGUAAUCCUGUCACAUACAUGUAUAUCCUCAAUAUUCCUUGCUUUCAUUAGAUUAGGAUAACAUUCUUAGCUAUACCUUAUAAAGAGAUGUUUCAUAAGUGAUUUACAUUAUACAGGUACAUAUGAUGUAUAAGAAAUAUUUACACUCUGGACAUUUUCUCACUGUGUUUUAGAAAUGUGUACAGAUUGAUUGACCAGUACAUCGAGAUUCAAGGUUGUUAAGGUAGCUCACUACAUCCAGACUUGUACAUUUUAUGAUGCUAUGUUACAAGAUGGAAAUUCAAAUGUUUUGUGAAAUUACUUGUAUCGAUCGAUUUGCUUGUAUAUCUGUGUAGUUCAGUGGAUAAGGUAUUGUGUCAUUGACACACAACUCCUAAGUUAUCUGUGUAGUUCAGGGAUAAGGUAUUGUGUUAUUGACACAUAACUCCCAAGUUAUCUAUGUAUUUCAGUGGAUAAGGUAUUGUGUUAUUGACACACAACUCCUAAGUUCUCUAUGUAGUUCAGUGGAUAAGGUAUUGUGUUAUUGACACACAACUCCUAAGUUCUCUGUGUAGUCCAGUGGAAAAGGUAUUGUGUUAUUGACACACAACUCCUAAGUUAUCUGUGUAGUUCAGUGGAUAAGGUAUUGUGUUAUUGACACACAACUCCUAAGUUAUCUGUGUAGUUCAGUGGAUAAGGUAUUGUGUUAUUGACACACAACUCCUAAGUUCUCUAUGUAGUUCAGUGGAUAAGGUAUUGUGUUAUUGACACACAACUCCUAAGUUCUCUAUGUAGUUCAGUGGAUAAGGUAUUGUGUUAUUGACACACAACUCCUAAGUUCUCUAUGUAGUUCAGUGGAUAAGGUAUUGUGUUAUUGACACACAACUCCUAAGUUCUCUAUGUAGUUCAGUGGAUAAGGUAUUGUGUUAUUGACACACAACUUCUAAGUUCUCUAUGUAGUUCAGUGGAUAAGGUAUUGUGUUAUUGACACACAACUCCCAAGUUAUCUGUGUAGUUCAGUGGAUAAGGUAUUGUGUUAUUGACACACAACUCCCAAGUUCAAAUCUACUAGUGUCUUUUGUGUUAUUCAUUGAAAUGAAUUGAAAAUCAUGGGUUUUUUGCUUUCUAAAAUUGCAUAUUUUUCGUCUUUUUGACACAUGUACUAUUUACAUAUCAUAUCUUCCAUGAUUAAAUCAUUUCAUGCUGAUUUGUUAAAUUAUUUCAAGAUGUAGUGAGUCACCUUAAAUGACUAUUGAUGUGCAGAACUAUCAAAUGUAACAAAAUAUCAUAGAAGAAUGGCGUACUAUGUGACAGCAUGUACAUGUAGAAUUUUGUGCCAAAAAUAAUGAUUUAUUAAACAGGAAAAUACAAUACAAUCAACCAAUCAAAAUGACAAGUUAAAUGGCUGCUUACUUUAUUAAAGUUUAAGGUCAUAUGCAAACAUCUCUGAUACAUUGCUAGUAAUACUAAGUUUGUGUCUACUAAACUAGUAUCACUUCCUCAGAUCUUUUGAAACUUAAUAUUAAAAAUCCAUUAUUCUUUUCAGGCACAAAUAGAGCAGGAGGAGGAUGAGAUCAUUAUAACCAACAUUCCAUUGUAAGCAGCUUGUAGCUGAUUGGUAAUGGUGUAACGUCAGGGUUCAUUUAUUCUAUUUAUUUGUUUAUUUAUUCUAUGUUGAUAGUUUCUGUGAUUUUAGGAUAAUUUUAUUGUUAAAGGCAUUGUUUGAAAGUACUGUUACAAGUAUGUGUGCUGAUAAUAUAAUUGCAUGUUAUUGUAUUUUGCAUUAUUGUUGGUAUGAUGGUACAUGUAGAAUUCACAGGUUUUCUUAAGGUCUACAUAUUAGCCAUAUAUAUCAAAAUUUUAAUGUCUUUUUGUUAAAAUUUAAUUCAAACUUUUUUUCCAUACUUUUGUUAAAAGUCUAUUUUUUCAAUUGAACAGAAUAGUGUAUUGGUUGAUUUUACAUUAUGACCUCUUGUUGAUUUAGUGGUUGAAAUCAAUUAUAAACUUUCAAACCUCCUCUGUUGCAUUUAGCAAUGUAUGAUAAGAAACUGUUUUUGUCCUUUCUGUCAUUCUGUCUGAAACUUUAACCUUGCUAAUAACUUUUCAACAGCAAGUGCUAGAGCUUUGAUAUUUCACAUGAGUAUUCCUUGUGACAGGACCUUUCCAUGGGUACCAACAUUUUUGACACCUUGACCUUGAAGUUUGACAUACUUUUUGAAAACUUUAACCUUGCUAAUAACUUUUGAACAGUAAGUGCUAUAGCUUUGAUAUUUCACAUGAGUAUUUCUUGUGACAAGACCUUUUCAUGGGUACUAAACCUUUUGACCUUGACAUUUGACCUACUUUUAAAAAAUUUGACAUUGGUCAUAACUUCUAAAUGGUAAAUAUUUGAGCUUUCAUAUUGCACAUGAGUAUUUCUUAUGACAUGAUCUUUCUACUGGUACCAAGAUAUUUGUUCUUGCGACCUUGGCCAUCUUUGGAAUUGACCAUUAUUAGGGGCAUUUGUGUUUCACAAACACUUCUUGUUUUUCCGAUAUUAUCAUUUACUGUUAUCAUGUACCAGAAACGAUGAGAUUUCCUAACAGUAAUUAUUACCAAUCAGUGAUGUACAAGGUGGCUGGAACCAUCCAUCUUGUAUUAAUUUCUUACAUCCGAUGAAUAUUUGUAAUACUUCUACAUUUGAGGUGUUAUUAUUAUUGUACUUAUGAUUACUCCUGUCAUAUGCUUGAUAAAACAGCUAUUCCUUUAAAAUCAAAUUAUCUGUUCUUGAAAUUUUUAAUCGAGGAGUUUAUUUUCUGACUUUUGAAACAGGAAGUCAGUAUACAUACAAAUUACAGAUAUACGAGACUUCUGUGUUUCUGCAGUUUUCCAUUUUAUCUGAUGUCUGUUAUUAAUUUCUAAUAAAUCUUUUCAAAGUUUU